AUGAGUGUUUUUAAAGAAAAGAGAAGCUUUCUCUUGUGGCUUUCGUUUUUGGCGAUCAUUACUUGCACAGCUUUGAAUGAAUUUUCUGUCGAUCAAAAGAGCCUUUUGAAAUUUUCUAAAAGCAUAAGCACCCCGACAAAUAAGUUCUACUCAAAUGUACUACCAGCAGAAAGUUAUUACGGCCUGAGUUGCGAGGCGAUCAUUAACUCUUCUUUAUCGGACGCGGAAUUGGAGAAAUUACAGCAAAGAAUACAAAAUACGAAGCAAGAAGACAGAGAAGAGUUCUUCGCGACGCUGUCAGAGUCGAACUUAACAAGCUGGAUCGAAAACGAGCGGUGCGACUCCUUCAUCAAAAAACGCAAGUACAUCACGGCUCCAUUGAGCGAUCGCGAGGCAGAGUUCCCCAUUGCAUAUGCAAUCGUGGCGUACGAAAAAGCGGGCGAAGUCGAGCGUCUUUUGCGCUCUAUCUAUCGCCCGCAGAAUGUCUACUGCAUCCACGCGGAUAAGAAAUCAGACAAUACAUUUUACCAAGCUCUGGUAAGGCUAGCCAGUUGUUUUCCGAAUGUGAUUCUAGCGUCGAAAAGAGAAACAGUGACUUACGCUCAUUAUUCAAGACUGCAGGCAGAUUUUAACUGCAUGGAAGAUCUGUUGAAUCAUCCCAUCAAAUGGAAAUAUUACAUCAACUUGUGCGGAACGGACUUUCCCCUGAAAACGAACGCAGAAAUUGUCCGCUAUUUGUCGUACAUCUCGCCGCACAACGAGAUCGAAUGCGUCCCCAUGAGUCCUGGAAAAGUAGCCAGGCUGACCUGGCAUUAUCAGCUGGAGAAAGGGGAAAAUGGGAAAUAUAAUGUUGUUAACACAAGAGAGGAAAAUCCACCGCCACCUCACGGAAUCGGAAAAUACGCAGGCUCAGCGUACAACAUUCUCUCCCGCGCCUUCGUCGACUACACGAUGAACAACUCAACGGUGUUCGAGAUUCGCCAGUGGAGCCGGGAUACGCUCACGCCAGACGAGUUCCUCUGGGCAGCGCUCAGCAGAUUUCCAGGAGCGCCGGGCUAUCUUCCGCCAAAUCCGCGAUACGACAAGAAUGAAUUCCAGAGUCUCGCAAGAAUCGUAAAAUGGUACGACCACGUUCUCAAUGGGCUCUAUCCUAGAUGUUACGGAGCGUAUCGCCAUGGAAUUUGUGUCUAUGGGGCCGGCGACUUACCAUGGCUACUCGAACAGAAGCACCUCUUUGCGAACAAGUUCAGCGCGUGGAACGACGAUUUGGCCAUCCAGUGCUUGGAAAAACACCUGAGGAGAAAGGAGCUUUCCGAAAAGUUUUAA